AAUGUCGAGGCAUUCGGCACCUAUUUGGGUGUGUUACGUGUCUGUUCAAAGAGACAAAGGAAGGGUUCGAAGGUAGAUGAGAUGGAUACGGUAGAACGAGGUGAGGCACAUACCGUGGACGCAUCGUCGAUGAAUUCUGAAUUUGGUAGCCUACCCUCAAUUGGUGAAAUUGAGGAUGAAGAUGAACAGAAGACACCUAGAAUGAGUGUCAAAGUGAGCCAUCAUUUUGCCUUUUGUUUACCAGAUCGCUGA